AGCGAGGGAAAGGCAGCGCGUGCUCGGACAGGAAGAUCGCACCUGCAUCGCAAGCAGAGCAGCGGCAGCGCGGCGGCGGAGGCUGCACCAGCGUAUGCUUAAGUCGGCAAACGUCAUGGUAGCACGCGGAAUGUCAGCACUGGCCCUCGCCGCCUCCGCCGCUGCUCGCGAGCUGCAGAAUGCCGUCCGGGCCGUCGCGAUCUAACGCUGCGAUCGGGUUGGCGCUCUUCCGGAGAAUCUAGGCCUCAGACAAUGCGCUCCUUCUGCGCUGGCGCACGCACUAACUAUCUUCUCGCAGGUUCCGCGAGAUGUUCUCCGUCAACCCCGACAUCUCCUCCGGCCUGCCGCUCCCGACCGAGAACCGCAUGCCCACGCCCGGCUCGCGCCCCGAGCGCCAGGCCACGAUGCCGACGCGCGCCUCGGACAUUGCCGGCCUCGGCUACUACGAGCGCGACUUCCGCCGCGCCUACCCGCAGCUGCACAUGGUCACGCAGCAGGACCUCACCACGCUCCUCCUCGCCGACACCAACGAGGACGGCACGAAGAGCUUGCCGGCCAGCGGCACCUCGACGGCGCUGACGCGCCCGUCGGACCUCUCGUCUGCCAGCGCCUUCACCGACGUGCUGGCGCAGGCCCAUGCGCCCAGCGCCGAGGGCGCAUAUGCGCCCAGCCGUCUGCCGCCGACGCCGCCGUUCACGCGGCCCACGGCUAUCCUGAAGAAGAACCCGGGCGAUGUGCCGCAUGACCCGCACGCAUACUACCCGGCGGAGAACUACCACUAGCCGCGACGCCGCGCUGCCUAUGAGCAAGCUUGGCGCAAAUGCACAC